AUGAAGAGUAACAAGGCUGACGACGACUAUGACUACCUUUUCAAGGUGGUCCUGGUCGGCGACUCUGGCGUCGGAAAGUCUAACCUGAUUUCGCGGUUCACCAGAAAUGAAUUCAACAUGGAGUCGAAGUCGACUAUCGGUGUGGAGUUCGCCACAAGAAGCAUUGAGGUUGACGGCAAGACCGUGAAGGCCCAGAUCUGGGAUAUGGCAGGUCAAGAGCGUUACAGAGCCAUUACGAGUGCGUAUUAUCGUGGUGCUGUUGGAGCUCUUUUGGUGUACGACAUUACGAGGCAAGUGACUUUUGACAAUGUGGAGCGUUGGCUGAAAGAGCUCCGCGAUCAUGGCGACCAGAGCAUCAUUAUCACUUUGGUCGGAAACAAAUGUGAUCUGCGGCAUUUGCGAAAGGUCUCUUUGGAGAAGGGCCAGGCCUUCGCAGAGAAGGAGGGCUUCUUCUUCAUUGAGACAUCAGCCCUCGAUGCCACCAACGUCGAGGACGCCUUUACUCAGAUUUUAACCGAGAUCUAUUGGAUGAUGAACAAGAAGGCGUUGGCACCCGACGAAGAUAACUACGCUGGUCCAGGGAAAGGCCAGACCAUCAACAUCAAUGCUCCUCAGGAGGAGAAGCCUGUCCAGUCCUCAUGUUGGAUGAUCGCAGUCAGCGGUGCUCUUUCCACCUGUCAAUCCGCUGUUCGCAUCCUGCCUCGCCGCUUUCUCUUGCGGGCUCCCGCUGCUGCCUGCUCGUGCAUUUCCGUCGUAGGAGGAGCAGCUGGGACUUUUGAGACAAUGCUGCCUCUUACGUUUGCCGUAGCCCGUUCCUGCACUCCGCCUCUUAGCGGAGUCCUUGUGUCUCCGAGACUCAAUCAUGCGAUGGACGCCCGAUCGUUAGCUUGCGCGUCUGUUGCACCUCUUGCAUUGUUACCAAAUUCGCGAAAUCGCACGUCGCUUGUGACAACGCCAGCUGUCCGCGUCGCAGCACCCAUACCGGCGUCGCUGAGCCGCCUAUGGGGUCAGCAGAAAUCGCGGGUGCUAUGUUCCGCGAGUUCUGCUGCUGCUGAGGGUGAUGGUGCAUCUGAGCCGUCCGUUGCGAAAGGCGACGGCGAGAAUUUCUCUUCUAAGGAGGCGGUCCGUGGGCUGCGCGUAGCUAAGGUGGAGGCCUUGCGCGCGGAGGGGCGCAACCCCUUCGCGUACACCUUCCCGCGCACGCACAGGGCGGCGGAGCUGCAGGAGCGCUUCAGGGCGCUGGGGAGCGGGGAGCAGGCGGAGGGCGGGGAGGUGGUGGCGGUGGCGGGGCGCGUGGUGGCGCGGAGAGUGAUGGGGAAGCUGGCGUUUCUCACGCUGAGAGACGAGGAGACGAGCAUUCAGCUGUACUGUGAGAAGGCAGUGAUGGAAGACGCAGAAGAGGGAUCAUUUGCGUUCCUCAAGAGCACUCUGGACGUGGGGGACAUUGUGGGGGCGACAGGCACCAUCAAGCGCACCGAACGAGGGGAGUUGAGUGUGGUGGUGCAGGGCGUGCAGCUGCUGACCAAGUCGCUGCUGCCUCUGCCUGACAAGUGGCACGGGCUGGCAGACGUGGAGAUUCGCUACCGCCAGAGGUAUCUGGACAUGAUCGUCAACCCCUCUGUGGCAUCCGUUUUCAGAGCGAGGGCCAAGGUGAUCAAGGCCAUUCGCCAGCACAUGGAAGACAAUUGUUUCGUUGAGAUCGAGACGCCUGUGCUGCAGGGCGAGGCGGGGGGAGCGGAGGCGAGGCCAUUCAUAACGCACCACAAUGCACUGAACCAGGACAUGUUCCUGCGCAUUGCCACAGAGCUGCACCUCAAGCGCAUGCUGGUGGGGGGCUUUGACAGGGUGUACGAGAUAGGGCGCAUAUUCCGCAACGAGGGCAUAUCCACACGCCACAAUCCCGAGUUCACCUCUAUCGAGCUCUACCAGAGCUACGCGGACUACAGUGACAUGAUGUCUCUCUGCGAGGAAAUGGUGGAGAGCGCCGUGCUCGCUCUCCACGGCACCACAACAGUGGCCUACCAGGGCACGCCCAUCCAGUGGGCGCGCCCCUGGCGCCGCGCGUCCAUGGACUCGCUCGUUCUGCACGCCACUGGGGUGGACUUCCUCUCUGCUCAGCUUGCAGGGGACCUUGCUGCCGCUAAGGAGGCGGCCAUUCGCGCUGUGCGAGAGGCCGGGUCGAGUGCGGGAAGUGCGGGGGGUGUGACUGAGACCGAUGCUGCUGCUGGUGAUGCUGAUGCUGAUGGUGCUGGUGCUGACGGGGCUGCAAGCAGCAGCAGCAAGGUGAAUCGCAAGGCGGUGGCAGCAGCGGUGCGGAAGAUAGAGGAGGCGGGGAGCGUGGGGGCGGUGCUCAACUGUGUGUUUGAAGCAGUUGUGGAGAGCACACUAGUGCAGCCCACGUUUGUGACCGAUCAUCCUGUUGAAGUUUCUCCCCUCGCCAAGCCGCACAGAAGCCGGCCUGGGCUGACAGAGCGCUUUGAGCUCUUUGUGUACGGCCGAGAGCUCGCCAAUGCCUUUUCUGAACUCACCGACCCUCUCGACCAGAGGGCUCGCCUGGAGGAGCAAGAGGAGGAGGAGGAGGAGGAGGAUGAGGAGGCGUAUGAGGUGCGGCUGGAUGAGGACUUUCUCACGGCGCUGGAGUAUGGCAUGCCGCCCACCGCCGGCAUGGGCAUUGGCAUUGAUCGCCUGGUGAUGUUUCUGACUGACAGCCCCAGCAUUCGGGAUGUGAUAGCAUUCCCAGUCCUCAGGGCUCUCCCUUCUGAGUCCACUGCGGCAUCAUCUUCAUGA